GAAGGGGCGCAGCGUGGGAAAGGGAUGGUUGAGUUUUAACCAGAGGCAGAGCGUGAGCCGGAUCAGUGUGUGCGGAACGCGAGCAGCCGAGCGCGGAGAGGCGCUGCUGCUGUUAACUCCUCCCUGCCCGCUGCGCCGACCCUCCCCCGGAGCCCGCGCGCAGCCAGCAUGAAGCGAGCCCACCCCGAGUACAGCUCCUCAGAUAGCGAGCUGGACGAGACCAUAGAGGUGGAGAAAGAGAGUGCGGACGAGAAUGGAAACUUGAGUUCGGCUUUAGGUUCCAUGUCCCCGACUACAUCUUCCCAGAUCUUGGCCAGGAAAAGACGGAGAGGCAUCAUUGAGAAGCGCCGACGCGACCGGAUCAAUAACAGUUUGUCGGAGCUGAGGAGGCUGGUACCCAGUGCUUUCGAGAAGCAGGGAUCUGCUAAAUUAGAAAAAGCCGAGAUCCUGCAGAUGACCGUGGAUCACUUGAAAAUGCUGCACACUGCAGGAGGAAAAGGCUAUUUUGACGCACACGCCCUGGCAAUGGACUAUCGGAGUUUGGGAUUUCGGGAAUGCCUGGCAGAAGUUGCCCGUUACCUGAGCAUCAUUGAAGGAUUAGACACCUCUGACCCGCUUCGAGUUAGGCUGGUCUCACAUCUCAAUAACUAUGCCUCUCAGCGGGAAGCCGCGAGCGGCGCUCACACAGGCCUUGGACACAUUCCCUGGGGGAGCGCCUUUGGACAUCACCCGCACAUCGCGCACCCCCUGUUGUUAACCCAGAACAGCCACGGGAACACUGGCACCACGGCCUCGCCUACGGAACCACACCACCAGGGCCGGUUGGCUUCUACGCAUCCGGAGGCGCCCGCCUUGCGAGCGCCCCCUAGCGGCGGUCUUGGACCGGUGCUCCCCGUGGUCACCUCCGCCUCUAAACUCUCGCCGCCUUUGCUUUCCUCGGUGGCUUCCCUGUCCUUCCCCUUCUCUUUUGGCUCCUUCCACUUACUCUCUCCCAAUGCACUGAGCCCUUCGGCACCCACGCAGGCAGCAAACCUUGGCAAACCCUAUAGACCUUGGGGAACAGAGAUUGGAGCUUUUUAAAGAACUGACGCUGUAGAAAGUGGGAAGGGAAAGCUUAAAAUCCCAGCUGAGCUGGACUGUUGCCAACAUUACCUUAAAGUUGUCGGUAAAAGUAAAAAGGUACAUUUUCAGAUAAAUUUUGUUUAAAGACUAAAGGUUUGUUGGUUUAUUUUUUUUGUAUUAUGUCAUGUAUUAGUUUUUAAAAACUAGUUGCUUAAUUUUGUUCAAAACAUUCAUUUGAAAUAGUAAGUAUAAGCCAAUGCUCUGUGAUAGGUUUGUACUGUGCCUAAUUUACUUUGUAAACAUCUGUGAGUGAAUCCAUUUUUGCCUCAAAAUUUUGGGAAUUUUAACAUUUAGGUCUGUUUUUCUCCUUGUGUAGUUAUGGUUUGUUUUUAGAAUUAAUUUUUCCAAACCACUGUGCUCAGUGUUAACAUAAUUGUGUUUGUUAAUAUUUUGACAGAUUAAGGUGUUGUAUAAAUAAUACUCUUUUUUUCUUUUGGGGAGAGAGCUCUACUGAAUUUUAUAUUUCUGAACAAAGCGUUGACAAAUCAGAUGAUCAGCUUUACCCAAGAAAGAAGACUAGUUAAUUCCCUGCCUCCUAUAGCAGUAAGGUGAAUGUGCAAGCCAUCGGUGGCCCUGAAUCCAUGUGACCAGCUGCUGUCGCUUGCUGGAACUUGCAAUUCUAGCUUAGUUAGGAGAGAGCCACUGGCAGGUUUAGUCCCCACUAAAAUAUUGGUGAGGAACAGGUAAAAAAAAAAAAAAAUUUUUUUUUUUUUUGGACUGAAAGUAAAUGAAGAGAAUGUGCCCGAGUUUACCAGCCCCAAGCAAUGCAAUGAAUUAUUAAUCUCAUGGACCUCAAAUUCACAAAUGUUAGGAAGGAUCAAUGCUCAUGGGGUACAAGUGGUCAGUCGAGAAGUACAGUGGAACCUGUUAAAUGCAUAACCUAAUUUUCCUGGGACUGCCAUAUUUUCUUUUAACUGGAAAUGUUUGUGUUGUGUUUUCCUUUUCGGUGCAUGGGAAUGUGGCUGUUGAGAUAUUUAAAAGGGCUUUGCUGCCCUCUCCUCUUUGGUUUAUUUAAUUUGAUUCGGGCUAUAAAAGUAUCAUUUUACAGUUUUAUUUCUUUAGCAGGUGUAGUUUAAACGACCUCCACUGAACUGGGUUUGACCUCUGUUGUACUGUGUCGUGACUAAAUAAAAAAGAACAAAUUAUUCUGCUGUAAA